AUGUUCGCCAGACUCGCCAAUCCCGCCCACUUAAAGCCUCUCAUGGGCUCCCACAUAACAAGAGCUACUAGAAGACUUUACCAUCCUAAGGUAAUUGACCACUACACAAACCCAAGGAACGUUGGAUCCAUGGACAAGUCCUUAGAUAACGUCGGCACGGGAAUUGUGGGCGCUCCCGCGUGUGGGGACGUGAUAAAGCUACAAAUACAGGUAAAUGAUAAGUCGGGCAUUAUCGAGAACGUUAAGUUCAAGACCUUCGGGUGUGGGUCUGCCAUCGCUUCCUCCUCCUACAUGACGGAGCUAGUACGCGGAAUGUCACUUGACGAGGCCAUCAAAAUCAAAAACACAGAAAUUGCGAAGGAGCUAAGUCUUCCUCCAGUAAAACUGCAUUGCUCCAUGCUUGCAGAAGACGCCAUCAAGGCGGCAAUCAAAGACUACAAAACAAAGAGGAACCCCUCGGUUUUGCAUUGA